AUGCACAACUCACUGUUCCUUUCCCUUGCCCUGCUUAGCACGUGUGGUCACUGCUUUUGGGUCAGUCACCCGGAGAAGACACUCGCCCCCCCUUUCACGCCGCAGAGAGGUAGACCAUGUAGUGACCUCCGUAGCAGGCAUGGAAGAAUCGUCGUAAACUCAAACCGCCACCCAACAAACUUUGCGACGAAUCCAGAAGGGGAAUGUCAAGAUGAAGUCAACAUAUUAGACAGUUCGUAUGUCUACCAUACCCCUGUGCUUGCUAACGAAGUCAUACGCUACCUUAGGGUUGACGACCCCACAGAGGACAACACGGAAAAGCGUUACCAACAAGGAUACGACACAAAUGGAGUAGAAGAACAGGGCGAAGCACGCCCCUCCUAUUUUAUUAUUUCCUCACCAGGGGAGAGAAAAGAAGGAAAAGAAAAGGGUAUAACUCUGCAGGGGGAAAUGAAAAAUGGAAAGAAACCAGAAGGGACAACGCAAGAAAGGGAUGCUUCUGUUAAGCCCCCUUCAUCUACAUCUACCCCGCGGGUUUCCCUAAUGCAGAAUACUUCACCUGAGUAUUACAUCGAUGCAACACUGGGCGGUGGCGGACAUACUUUGGAAAUUUUAAAAAGUUUUCCACGAACAAGCAGAGUGGUUGCCAUAGACAAGGACAUAGAAUCCAUUUAUUACAGCAAACAGAAACUGCAAUGCUAUGUAGAUACGAAUAAACUAACAAUGAUACACGGAGACUACAGAUACAUCAUUCACCUUCUCCAUCGGCAUGGCCUUCCCUUGUUUGGAAGAUACAGUGGCAUUCUACUCGAUCUGGGUGUAUCUACACACCAGCUGAAAUGUGGGAGGAGGGGGUUCAGUUACCAGCACAACGGUCUCCUUGACAUGAGCAUAGACAGGUACACAGAUGAGGAGUACGAUCGGAUGUGUCGGGAAAGUAUCGAACGGGAGGAAGGUGGUUCAAACGAGGAUUACCAAUACGAUCAGACUAACCAGAUUAAGCGAGCCAAGGGGGAGAGCCCCCAAAGUGAGCCGAAAAAAGGAAUCGGAGAAAUCCUCAACACGUACAGCGCCCAACAGUUAAGGUUUAUUAUGCACACAUAUGGUCAGGAAAAAAAGGCGUAUAAAAUUGCCAAAAAAAUUGUACAGUGGAGGAAAAGCAGUGGAACUAUCAGGACCACGUAUCAGCUACGAGACAUCGUUCUUUCCACAUGCAAAAAAAAUUACAAAGCGAAUCAGAAAGUCUUGUCCAGGGUGUUUCAGUCAUUUCGAAUUUACAUCAACGAUGAAAUGAAGGCCUUAAAGGAAUUUUUAUUAUCGAGUUAUAAAUUGUUAAGGGCCAAAAAAAGACUUGUCGUUAUUUCAUACCAUUCAUUGGAAUACAAGUGUGUGGAAAUGUUUGUCCAUAGUAGGAAGAACUUAUGGAAAAAAAUUAACGACGUCGAUAUAACCCCCAACGAAGAGGAGUUAAAGGCCAACAAAUCUGCGCGCUCCGCCAAAAUGUCCGUUUUUGAGAAGAUUUAG